GACCUCACUGUAGCUGUGUGUUUUCGGGGGGGAAUGUCAGCCUGAAAGACGAGACUCAUGUUUCACUCUGUGGAAAAGUCCGUCAGAAAACACAAUGGACCAAUGUGACAGCGGCGACGUCCUCACAUGCACGGUUCAUCAUCUGCCUACGCCAGGAUGCACCGCUCUGCUAAACUGAGAAAUGUUUCCGCCUAUUUGUCAUUAUUAUUUCCUUGACUGGUGGAUGUAGGAAGCGCUUGGUGAUUAUUUUUUGGCCGUGCAGUAUGCAAGCUGGGGGACUUGAGGCUCGCGGUGACUGGGACUGAGUCACGGAUUUCACGCAGAGAUAUAGUGCGCUCCUUGGGCAGAUCUCGGAGAUAACUGUGGUUUGGCGUCUGGUUGUACUCCUGUUGUCAGUGCGAUGUCCACGAGACAGACAUCGUUGACGGAGAAGCAGACUAAAAACGGAACAUCAAAAUAUGUGUUGGAGCGAUGCGCCUCUAUUAACGAGUAUUAUGAUAUUGCCUUCAAGGUGAUGCUGCUGGGAGACUCAGCCGUGGGGAAGACGUGCAUCUUGGUGCGCUUUAAAGAUGGGGCAUUUCUGGGAGGCAACUUUAUAGCCACCGUGGGAAUAGACUUUAGGAAUAAGGUGGUGUCGGUGGACAACUUGAAAAUCAAACUGCAGAUCUGGGAUACUGCCGGCCAAGAGAGAUUCCGCAGCGUAACACACGCCUACUAUAGAGAUGCCCAGGCGCUACUUCUGCUCUAUGACAUUACCAGCAAGUCAUCUUUUGACAAUAUCAGGGCUUGGCUGACUGAAAUACACGAGUAUGCCCAGAAGAACGUGGUCAUCAUGUUGCUCGGCAACAAGUCGGACAUGGCCGCAGAGAGGGUCGUAAAGACGGAGGAGGGAGAGAAGCUGGCGAAGGAAUAUGGAGUUCCGUUUAUGGAGACAAGUGCCAAGACGGGAGUCAACGUGGAGCUGGCCUUUCUCGCUAUAGCAAAGGAGCUGAAGCACAGAGCAGCACAGCAGCCCAAUGAGCCCAAGUUCCAGAUACACGACUACAUCGAGUCCCAGAAGCACAAGUCUGGCUGCUGUGGCCUCAUGUAGCCCAUCCUGACCGCUGCUCCAACCAGGCGGAAAGAAAGAGACACACACACAUGCACAGACACACACAAACACACACACACACGCACACACACAUACACAAAGAGAAAGAGAGAUGGAGACGGAGGGAGGUGGGGGUAAAGACGCCUGGUCCCUUAUGAAUACUAGCCAAUCCCAGCCCCAAACCUGAGGGGGCGACAUCCUCUUCUCUCGUGAAUGAGGGUGAAUCUGGACUGGAGGCCAUCCCUUAUCUGAAAUGUGAAUUGAAAUCUAUUAUGUCAUGCGUAGAAAUGUUUGUGGUCUUUUGUGGUGACAGUUGUAUCCAACUACACGUCGGGAGUUAUAGUCUGAAAUGCUAUAUCCAUCUGCAGGGACAAACAAAAACAAAUAUUUACCACUCAAGACCUGAAAUAAAUGGCAGUUUUAUACAAAAAUCAAUACGACUGUUCAUGUGGAUAUAGCAUUUUGCCAUGAAGCUCUUCUUAGUUUGUUUUUCAUUCCCAGUUUUGCCAGGCUGUGAACCGAUCCCUGUUGGCCUUACAGUCUCCAUCAUUAUUAUUCUUUGAGAAUUCUGUGUGUGUGUAUGCAGACAUCUGAGUAGACUUCAGUCUCGCAAUCAGGUUGUAGCUAAAAUGAUCCCGUCUGUUUCCUUAUGUGCUGGUGUUAGAUAGAAUAAAACCGACAUUUUUGAGGGCGGUCGCCCAGUGUGUGUCUCUCUGUACAUCUUAUUCAGGGCCAAUGAUGCUUCACUCAAAGUACUGUAUAUGGAAGUCUGCUGGAGGAUCACUCCACCAUUGCAUUGACAUGUUCAUCCCGCAAGGCUUGACAUUGGAAAUCAGCAAGCAAUUACUUUGUUAUCAUGCCCCAAAUGAUUUUUCUAGGAGUUCAGAGAUUCCUCAGCAUGCAUCUUGCUUUUUCCUUUAUUAUUGUUAUUAUUAUUUUUUUUUAUCAUGUGCCAUUCACACACAGAGAUGCACACAGCAGCAAGACAGUGUUCCCUAACAUUGUUGUGUCUCCUUUAAUGAUGGAUGUUGUUGUCUAUUCUGUACAGGAGCUGUAUUUGUCCAUGGACUGCAUUGUGUAACACAUUUCUUUGUAUUACGUUCAUUAUGAAUGUUUGCUUGUCAAACUUGCUUGAUGUCACAUUUGUCCCUCCUCUGAGGCAUCACAGUGAUCACAAAGUGCCAUGAAGAAGUGCUUUGUUAUCGUAUUAUAUAUAUAUAUACAUACAUAUAUAUAAAAAAAGUAUAUUUUGUAAUGUA